UGGUGACUUAAGUUUCAGCUUCUUCUUCGAAGGGACGACUCCUUUGUGGCACUCGCGUUUUUCUAUUGUUAUUCCACAGAUAACUCAACAAAUUCAGUUCUCCUUUCAAGUAAACAGUGUUAACCGUCUGCUCUAUUUAGCGAUAGGUAAUAAAAUACCGUAAACCGAAACUUUGUUACACUUGAGCAGUGAUAUCUUGAAAAGUGCCAAAAGCGCCAACUCCGAACCAGUUUCCCGCCCUUGAAGAUCAUCCAGGGAAAAUGUCUUGCUCAAUCGCAAACUCGUGCGCAACGAAGACAGGAGUGUCCGGGAAGCCUGCGCGGCCCGUCCGCGAGGCGACGAAGCGGAGCAUCCUCAUGUGCCGGCCGACGUUCUUCACGGUGGCCUACAAGAUCAACCCGUGGAUGGACCCGGAAGCCGGCGUGGACCAGACGAAGGCGCUGAAGCAGUGGCAGCGUCUCUACGACGUCUACCAGGAGCUGGGCUUCGACGUCCACCUGGUCGACCCUCUGCCCGGUCUCCCGGACAUGGUCUACGCGGCCAACGGCGGCCUCGUCCUGGGCAACGUCGCCUACGGCGCCAAGUUCCUCCACCCGGAGCGCCACGCCGAGGGCCCCGCUUACAUGGCCUGGUUCCGCAAGCACGGUCUCAAGGUCGCCGAGCCGCGCGAGACCAACGAGGGCCAGGGCGAUUUCCUCCCCGUCGGUGACGUCAUCCUCGCCGGAACCGGUUUCCGCACCAACCCUCGCUCCCACCAAGAGGUGGCCCGUGUUUUCGAUCGCGAAGUGGUAACACUAAAGCUAGUCAACCCCCGGUACUACCACCUGGACACAGCGCUGACGGUCCUGGACCGCGAACCUGUCGACGCGUCUUCGCCGUGCAUCGCCUACCUGGAGUCGGCCUUCGACGAGGAGUCGCUGGCCAUCCUCCGGGACCGGUUCCCGAACGCCAUCCUGGCCACGGAGGAAGACGCGGCCGUUUUCGCCAUGAACGUCUACAGCGACGGCUACAACGUGGUCAUCCCUUCGCGGGCCAAGACCUUCGGGCGGCAGUUGAGGGAGCAUGGCUACAACCCCAUCUCCGUCGAUUUGAGCGAGCUUCUCCUCGGAGGAGGCUCCAUCAAAUGCUGCACCCUGGACCUCCACCCCGAGCUCUCUACGGCCAGCAGACACAUCACCCGGAUUUCUUCCUGAUUUGUCAUUUCGCAAACAAGAAAGACAUUUCAAAUGGCUGACUCUUCCGGAUCUCAUUUAUUUAAGCAACUGACUUAAUAUUGUGGCACCCACCAACUCUCAGUCUUUCCAGAAGCGUCGACUAGAAAACCGAUGUGCGUUUGAACUUUGAGUUCAAAGAAAUGUAAAUAAUAUUUCAAAUAAUAUAAUAAUAUUCACGCCCUUAUUUCCAACGAAGUAUUCAGUGCUUCAUAAAAUUUAAAAAAACAAAUUUUCGACACAAAUGUCGCGUAUAAAUAUAUAAAUAUGAUGUGUAAAUACUAUAAA